AUGCAUGCACGUCGCGCAAAGUUCGAUGUCCUGUCACCGGACCCGACAAUCUCGGAGAAAUCAUCCACCCCCGAUACAAAUUCCCGACGGCCCGCUCCGCACCGGAUCCCGGAACUCUACGUCGAUCGAGUACUCGACAGAGCGCGUGAAGCCCCGAGAUCAAUCAGACCCUCCGAAGCUUCCAAUUACGUCAAAGUAAUGUAUUUUGAGCGUGUACAUCCUCGAUUUCCGUUCCUUGAUCGCGAAGCAUUCGAGAGGACCGCUUUCAGCCAAGAUCAACCUCUCUCAGCACCCAAGAGCAAGUCAUGGAUAUGUCUUUAUCAUUCUGUUCUUGCUCUCGGUUGUCAAUACGACGGUGGAGGGUCUUUUGAGCCCGGGAAAGGCGAUGCAUGGGCAUUCUUCUCCAUCUCUCUAGCCAACUUUACCGAUCUGAUUAUGCUACCAGACACACUUACAACUUUUCAAGCCGUAGUGGCAAUGGUGAUAUACUCACUGGGCAUCGCUGGAAUCGUACUCGAGCAUGUUCUUAUGUCAGAAGCUGCCCGGAGAGCACAGAAUCUUGCCGACGCCAAGUUCGUCGGAGCCGCAGCAGACGCAUUCCGGCGAACCUUUUGGGUAUUUUACUCUUUGGAGAAAAUCAAUAGCUUCCAUCAUGGCAGAUCAUCUGCCAUCAUGGAUUGCGACAUAUCCUGUUCAGUUCCAUCAACGCCUGAGUCCUUCUUCUCUGGCGGAUUCGACUGGUUUCUGUGUUUCAUCAGCCACGCGCGUCUGCUAUCACGAGCCAAUACAUCGCUGUUCUCCGUAGGCGUAUCAGACAAUCCAGGGGAAUACCACCUAGACAUCAUCGACCAGCUUUUGGACGAGCUCGAAGAUUGGAGGAACUCACUGCCCGAUAACGGUUUCAGGCCCGGUGGCUGGGUCAAACCUCAUUCGAUCGUUGAAGAACAAGAGCGAACAGUCGCUCUGGUCACUCACUUUCUUUACUACAGCUUCCUCCUAACGAUAUCGCGAAUGGCUUUGAGGCACUUGCCAGUGUCAGAAGACUCUUCAGACUGUUCUCGUCGAGAUGAGACUCUCAACACUGUGGAACAUAGUGCUCGUUCGUUGCUGGAAUUGAUCUCGAUAAUAGACAUGUCCCCCUACACCCCCAUGUGGAUGAUGGCAACGAUUCCCAUCAUGGCCUUUUUUGUCCUGUUCGACCUCGUAAUUCACAACCCUCGGCAAAUACAUACCGCAACCAACCUGGCGUUGCUUGACGUUGUGAAAGGUCACUGCAGCCGAAUGGAAAUGAUCUCCAACGGGGCGAUACCGGGUUCGAUGGUUGGCGAGUUCUCACAGAUCGCUCGAAGUUACGUGAACGAGGUCAACGGUCGGAGUCCAACCGGUUUGACACCCCAUGCGCCAUCUGAAGCGUUCCAGGCGCUCUCUACGCAGCCUCAAUGGUCACUCCCACAGCAACCCGAUUAUGACGUCGCGUCUACGGACAUUCACACCGACUUCUCGACCGUGAGUAGACCUAUCACUGGUCGCCGAGGGCGAGUUGGACCUCGCAUGGGUAGCACUAACGGCAAUUUUACAGAUGAACUUGGCCCCGAGCUCGGCUAUGACUGGGCUCCGCUCAUCGGAACUGACGUGAUGAAUCUCUUUGAAUUCUGGCUUCCCGACCUGGAUCCCAUGUUCUUCCAUGGUAUGAGCACGCAGAACAACAUGAACCAAUUUACUGCUCAGCAUGAGUUUGCGAUUUCCCCAGAUCCGUUAUAUGGAAAUCCUCCAUGA